CACCGGCGACGUCGGGUACUGGAACACGACCUGUAUAUAACAAGACGACACGAACGACAAGACGACACGAACGACAAGACGACACGAACGGCAGGACGACACGAACGGCAGGACGACACGAACGACAAGACGACACGAACGACAGGACGACACGAACGACAGGACGACACGAACGGCAGGACGACACGAACGACAAGAGACACGAACGGCAGGACGACACGAACGACAGACGACACGAACGACAAGACGACACGAACGGCAAGACGACACGAACGGCAAGACGACACGAACGGCAAGACGACACGAACGGCAGGACGACACGAACGACAAGACGACACGAGCGGCAGGACGACACGAACGACAAGACGACACGAACGGCAGGACGACACGAACGACAAGACGACACGAACGGCAGGACGACACGAACGACAGGACGACACGAACGACAAGACGACACGAACGACAAGACGACACGAACGGCAGGACGACACGAACGACAAGACGACACGAAUGACAAGACGACACGAACGGCAGACGACACGAACGGCAGGACGACGAACGGCAGGACGACGAACGACAAGACGACACGAACGACAAGACGACACGAACGACAGGACGACACGAACGACAGGACGACAUGAACGGCAGGACGACACGAACGACAAGACGACACGAACGGCAGACGACACGAACGACAGGAUGACACGAACGACAAGACGACACGAACGGCAAGACGACACGAACGGCAAGACGACACGAACGGCAAGACGACACGAACGGCAGGACGACACGAAUGACAAGACGACACGAGCGGCAGGACGACACGAACGACAAGAUGACAAUGAACGGCAGGACGAACCGACAAGAUGA